AUGGCUACUCUCGAAGAACCUACUCGCGUUCGAAAGCUGCUAAGCCUCUUCCACGACGUGAUCCACGGUCGGCGGACCAUAAACACGCCUGCAAACGCAAGGCUGUUUCUCGAAGCCGUUCCGUGUAAAAAUCCUCCAAGAGUCUGCGUCGAGCUAUUAGUAUCGAGCCCUUCAGGAAUGGAAGCUAUCGGAAACUCCGUGCGAGCCGACAUAAACCUCAAAUUUAUAACGACUCACACGCUUCCCCUCCUGAACUACUUCUCCGAUCCGGAAGUGAAGCUUUUGGCGGAUGGACAGUUUCUCCUACAGGUUCUGAUCGCCGUCGUUCAUCCACCGACCGUCUGGAACGCGCUAGUUGGCCUGUUCCUGAACCACCAGCUCUCGGAGGAUAGCCUUCGACCGUUUGCGUGGCUGGUCCACGAGGUUGUCUUGUUUCCCGCGAAGCUCGAAAUCGACCUGCUCAAUGAUGUCCAGGCAGUCAUCAAGAACGGACGCUUACUGGAGACGGCGUCACAGGAGACCCGCGAGUUCGGAUACAAGAUCCAAAAGGCCGUGCAAUUGCGGUCCGUUCCAGCAGCCUUGGCCGCCUCGGCGGAGUCCCCAGGAGGACGCCACGAUAACGACUUUGCCGACUUUCGACGCAUCGAUAUCUUCCCGACCAGUGACGAAUUUCUUUCGACGACGAAGCCGUUUUAUCGCCUCGUAAACGAGGCUUUUGAUUCCGAGCCCGCAGAGCGAGCCGGGGUGCAUCUUGACAAUCAGUUCCGUCUCCUUCGAGAAGACAUGCUGGCCGAGCUCCGAGAGGAUUUACAGAGCGCAACCGGAAAGGGGAAAGGAAAACUGAGCGCCCAUCGACUCGGGAAGCUGGUUCCGGUGAACCUUGACCCUGGAGACGAAGCCAGAGCAAAAAGGUGCUCGUUGUCUCUGAAAUGUUUCAGCGGCCUCGAGUCGCUAAAGAAGAUGGAGCCCUCCGCUCGGGAACGAUUUUUGGACGGCAACAAGAACUUUCUCAAGCACCAGGCGUUCGGUGCGCUGUGUCGGGGACCGGUCAUUUACGGCUUCGCAUUCGUGGACCGGAACAUCGCUUCGCUCGUACGCUCUCCUCCGGUCGUCCAGCUGCAGUUCACGGAUAGCCGAGCGCUGGAAAAAUCGCUGGUGGCCCUCAAAUCAUUUGAAGAUCUUCAGUUCGUUGUUGUUGGUACCCCCGUCUUCGCUUACCAACCAGUACUGGAGGGAAUCAAGGACAUCAGCAAUCUUCCUCUUGAGGAACGGCUCCUCGACCCUACGUCUAAAGACUUCGAGUUCGAAUUCAGCCCUAAGUUACAGGCCCUUGUCUCUAAGCUGCGUGCUGUCGAAUUUUCCGACGACAAGAUUAUCAGAAUCGGUAGCACAACAACUAUGGAUCACUCACAGUGCAGUUCCUUUCUCAACGCUUUGUCGACGCCAGUGUCGAUUAUUCAAGGUCCGCCCGGCACCGGAAAAUCCUUCAUAGGGUCGCAAAUCAUGAAGUACCUCUUCAAAUACACGGAUCAGAAAUUCAUGGUCAUCAGCUAUACUAACCAUGCCCUUGACCAGUUCCUUGAGGAGCUUCAGGACGUUGGGAUCCCCGACGAGGCCAUGGUUCGACUCGGUUCGAAGCAUACUACUAGAACGGCUCCUCUUCUCUUGACAAACCAAAAGGGGCGGCAUAGGCCGUCUCAAAGUUCGUGGGCUGUCAUCAAUGAGUUGAAGACCGAACGGCGCCUCAUACAGGGAGCGCUCGCACAGGCCUGGGAUAAUUACCAGCAAUUUCAAAUUUCUUUUUCCGGCGUCAUGGAGUACCUGGAGUUUUCCGAAGACUUUGAACGCUUCCACGAAACCUUUACGCUUCCAGCGGAAAGUACCCAGUGGAAGAGGGUGGGAAGGAGGGGAAGAGAAAUCGGACCGGACUACCUGUAUAGCCGCUGGAUCAAAGGUCUAGACGCUGGAAUUCUAGGAGAACGAGUGACCGACACAACGAUUUGGACCAUUGCUCCCGCCGAACGGCAGAACCUGCAAUCAAAAUGGACUAAGGCGAUGAUUUCAGAGCGCGCCGAGUCCGUCCAGAUCAUCGUUCAGAGGCUCGACCGCAACCAAGAAAGAUUGAGCGAGCUCUUCAACGAGCACAAGGUCCAGGUUCUCAACUCGAAAAGGGUCAUCGCGUGCACUACCACUGCUGCCGCCAUGUACAACAAGCUUAUCCGCGCUGCAAAGCCGGAUAUGGUGUUGGUCGAGGAAGCCGGCGAGAUUCUUGAGUGUCACAUCCUCACAGCGCUCGCUCCGACAGUGAAGCAGUUAGUGCUGAUUGGAGACCACAAGCAGCUCCGCCCAAAGAUCAACAAUUACGAGCUGUCGCUGUUCGAGAGACUGAUACUGCAGGGUCACCCGCACACCACACUACGCAAGCAGCACCGCAUGCAUCCGACUAUUUCGGCAUUCCCUCGCGCACUCACGUAUCCCGACUUACUAGAUGACCCAAAGACCGCUGAUCGCCCAUCCAUCGACGGGAUUCGCAACCGAGUAAUCUUCGUGCACCACGAAAAUCUGGAAGUCGGAGUCGACGAGCUGGUCGAUCGCAGAGACCCGUCUGUGGUCUCGAGCAAGCAAAACGUCUUCGAGGCCGACAUGGUGCUCAAGGUCGUCGCGUACUUGGGCCAGCAGGGCUACACGACGGACAGGAUAGCUCUCUUGACGCCGUAUCUCGGCCAGCUGCGGCUUUUGAGAGAUAAGCUCGUCGAAGAAAACAACCCCAUACUCAACGAUCUUGACGCCCACGAUCUGAUCCGGGCGGGUCUGAUGACGCAAGCGGCAUCAAAGGUCGACAAGCAGCCCCUUCGGCUAUCCACCAUCGACAACUACCAGGGUGAGGAGAGUGACAUCAUUGUCGCGAGCCUAACUAGAAGCAACUCUAGCGGAGAUAUUGGCUUCAUGUCGGCGCCCGAAAGACUCAACGUGCUGCUGUCUCGAGCUCGCUGCUGUAUCAUUAUGAUUGGGAAUAUGAACACGUUCAUGAGCGCUAGAAGAGGCAAAGACGCGUGGAUUCCAUUUUUCAAUUUGCUGAAAGAGGGUGGGCACCUGUACGAUGGGCUUCCGGUGCACUGCGUCCGGCACCCGGAGAGGGAGGCCAUCCUGCAGAUGCCUCUCGAUUUCGAGCAGCACUGCCCCGACGGCGGCUGCUUUGAACCUUGUGGAGCAAAGCUGUCAUGUGGGGUGCACGAAUGCCCGCUCAGAUGCCACAGGAUCGCUGACCACUCCCAAAGAAAGUGUACAGCCGUCAUAGAACGAACCUGCGAAAGGAACCACAAGCUGAGGACCAGGUGCAGCCAAAAGGACGAAAGGUGCCGCGAGUGUCGUCGCGAAGACCAGGAGAAAGAGCGGCAACGAAAACGAGAUCUUGAGCUGGAGAGCAAGCGGCUUGCUCGCCAAGAGGCAUAUAUUCAGGAGCUGGUGCAGAUCGAAGACGAAAUUGACCAUCAGCGUCGACAGAUACAGUACAUGAAGGAGGAAGAGGACGAGAAAAAGGAUAUGGCGCAGAAGCGGAGAGAUGCCACAGAGCUUCGAGCCACGGCGGCGAGGCUACAGAAAGCAAAGUUGCGGAUAUCGAAGGAGAACUGCGGCAUGCAAGCGAGUGAUCCAGCAGGACUGGAGCUUAAAACGCACAGAAGCCGAUUAGAUCCCCUUGACUCUGCUGAGGAAGACUGGAAGUGGCUCAAGGAGCAGUCGGGCGCUACAAGCCAGGCUCUUGAUGACCUUAUGGGCAUGGUUGGGCUGAACGUUGUCAAGCAGGAGUUCCUCGCCAUCAAAACUAAGGUCGACACGAUGCUGAGGCAGAAUGCAUCUCUGGCGUCCGAACGCUUCAACUGCGUGAUGCUGGGAAAUCCAGGGACAGGGAAAACAACUGUUGCGCGUCUCUACUCGCAAUUCCUGUGCUCGAUUGGCGUCAUCCCGGGCCAGUGUUUUAAAGAGACUACAGGCUCAGCUCUUGCCCACGGGGGGGUAUCUGAGUGCAAGAAGCUUAUCGACGAGUUGCAAAAUGACGGCGGAGGAGUGCUGUUCGUCGACGAAGCGUAUCAGCUGACCUCCGGUAACAGUGGCGGUGGGGGUGCGGUGCUGGACUACCUUCUUCCGGAAGUGGAAAACCUUGUGGGAAAGGUGGUUUUCGUUCUUGCAGGCUAUAACAAAGAGAUGGAAAGCGUCUUCGCCCACAAUCCCGGCCUGCCCAGUCGCUUUCCCAUUGAAAUGAAGUUCACCGACUACACUGACGAGGAGCUCCUCGAUAUUUUUGAGCUGAGCCUCCAUAAGAAAUACUCUGGCAGGAUGAAAUGCGAAGACGGAAUAGAGGGACUAUACUGCCGCAUCGUCUCCCGGAGAAUCGGCCGCGGAAGGGGUAAGGCGGGAUUUGGCAAUGCGCGAGCCGUCCAGAACGCUCUGGCUCAAGUCACUCGUCGACAGUCAGGUCGCCUCUUUCGAGAACAACGCGUAGGCAAUCAUCCCGAUGACUUUCUCCUGACUAAGGAGGACCUGAUCGGCCCGGAACCGUCGAGUGCGCUCGAAAAGUCCAAGCCGUGGCAGAAGCUAAAAGCCAUGAUCGGGCUGGACUCGGUCAAAACUGCAGUAGCGGCUCUUGUCGACUCCAUCCAGCAAAACUACGUCCGUGAGCUCGAGGAGCAGCCUCCGAUCGAAUAUUCGCUCAACAAAGUGCUCCUGGGGAGCCCAGGAACUGGCAAAACCACAGUAGCAAAGCUUUACGGUGGGAUUCUUGUUGACUUAGGACUGCUCUCUAGAGGAGAAGUCGUCGUAAAGAAUCCGUCCGAUUUCGUGGGCGCCAUCCUCGGAGGAUCUGAGAAACAGACAAAAGGAAUCCUUGCUGCAUCGCUGGGAAAAGUGUUGGUCAUUGACGAAGCCUAUGGCCUACACUCGGGGGGCGAUCACGGUUCCACAUCUGAUCCAUUUAAGACCACCGUCGUCGACACUCUUGUCGCCGAAGUGCAAAGCGUCCCAGGGGACGACAGAUGCGUUCUGCUUCUGGGUUAUAAAGACCAAAUGGAGAAGAUGUUCCAGAAUGCCAAUCCUGGGCUUAGUAGGCGUUUCCCACUAGCAUCGGCAUUCAUCUUUGAUGAUUUUAACGACGCUGAGCUUCGGAAGAUUCUCGACCUGAAGCUCAAAGCUCAGGGCUUCGAUGCAACCGACCAAGCGAAAAACGUGGCAAUGGAGAUGCUCGAUCGAGCGCGUAACCGGCCCAAUUUCGGCAACGCGGGCGAGAUUGACAUCCUUCUCGACGCUUCAAAGGGGCGGCAUCAGUCCCGCUUCUCCCGCGGCGAAACAAAGUCCGCGAGCACCCUCGAGGCUCUUGACUUUGACAAGGACUUUGACCGCGCGGAACGGUCAGAAACCAACACCAAGAAGCUCUUCGAAGGCACAGUCGGGUGCGAGGACAUUGUCCGCAGACUGGAAGGCUACCAGGAAACGGUCCGCGUCACAAGGUCUCUGGGCCUAAACAUGAAAGAGGGUAUACCCUUCAACUUCCUCUUUCGCGGGCCGCCUGGAACCGGAAAGACGACCACAGCCAAGAAAAUGGGCAAAGUGUUCUACGACAUGGGAUUCCUUGCCAGCGCCGACGUGGUCGAGUGCUCAGCGACGGACCUCAUCGGACAAUAUGUUGGCCAAACCGGCCCCAAGGUCAAGCAGCUUCUGGACAAAUCACUGGGUAGGGUUCUGUUCGUCGACGAAGCGUACCGCCUCGCGGGCGGGGCCUUCGCCCAAGAAGCGGUAGACGAGCUGACCGAUUCAACGACCAAACCCCAGUAUGCGAAGAAGGUAGUCAUUAUCCUCGCCGGUUACGAAAAUGACAUCAAUCGGCUCAUGUCGACGAAUCCCGGUCUCACCUCUCGCUUCUCCGAGGUAGUCGAUUUCCGGAACCUGACGCCGCCCGAAUGCGUCGCGCUACUGGUGCAGUUUUUCAAGAAGCAGAAGGCAAUCCUGCUGAAGAAGAGCGCCGCCGUCGUCCUAGACAUUUCUUCGCUCGAGAUGCCGUCGGACGAGUUCCGGGAGAAGAUGGAGCACUGUUUCUCAGACCUCACCAAGCAAGCUAACUGGGCAAGUGCGAGAGACGUGCAAACCGUGGCAAAGAACGUCUUCAACACAACUCUGCGGUCGCAGAAGUCAGCCGCCAAGAUCCAGCUGGUUGUAUCGGAAGUGUCUGUAGAGGCGGAGCUCAACUCGAUGAUCAAGGAGCGUGAAGGCCGCAGCCAGUUUGCCGAUCCAUCCCCGUUAGCCAGCGAUCUCCUGACCGAAUCUGCAUCGUUUUCAAAUGUGCAGCCAAACGCUUCGGCAGUCUCAACAACCAAUCAGGCUGAGGAUACGGACCCGAAACUCCUGCCUCCGGAAUCACAUGCCCCAGCCGAGAAAAUAAAGGAGCUGGUACGCCAUGAUCGUGAAGUUCAGCGAGAUGCGGGUGUCAGCGAUGAGGUAUGGGAGCAGCUGCAGAAGGACAAGCAAGCAGAGAAGGAACGGGAGGAGGAGUAUCAGAAGCUGCAAAAGGCCAAGCGCACAGCUACAGCUGAGGCGCGAGAGAAAAUCCUGAAGCGGUUGCGGAAGGAGGAACAGCGCAGAGAAAAGGAGAAGGAGAUGUUGAGGAAAUUGGAGACGAUGGGCCUCUGCCCCAUGGGCUAUCACUGGAUCAAGCAGAGCGGCGGAUAUCGUUGCGCAGGAGGUUCUCAUUUCGUAGGUGAUGAGCAAGUUGGAGGUUGGUGAAAACAACUAGAACUUUUAACGGCCGCCAUUUCGGAUCAAGUCUAAAUACCUACUUUCACUCUCAAGUCAUUCAGAAC